GUGGCCCGGUGUUGACACUUCCGGGUGUGUCCUGAGAGAGGCGGCGAACACGGCCACCGGCAUGGCGUACCACGGCCUCACCGUGCCUCUGAUCGUGAUGAGCGUGUUCUGGGGCUUCGUGGGUCUCCUCGUGCCCUGGUUCAUCCCUAAGGGUCCUAAUCGGGGAGUUAUUAUCACCAUGCUGGUGACUUGUUCGGUUUGCUGCUAUCUCUUUUGGCUGAUUGCAAUUCUGGCCCAGCUCAACCCUCUCUUUGGACCACAAUUGAAGAAUGAAACCAUCUGGUACCUGAAGUAUCACUGGCCUUGAGGAAGAAAUGCUCCACAGUGCGGCACCCAGGUCACAAAGAAAAUGCCUUCUAGAUACAAAGCCACCUCCACACUCAGACCACCUUCUUCGACAGCCUACUUUGGGCAUGAACUGCCUUACACUUGAAGAUCUUAAUGCUGCGGUACCAGGAUUUUUUUCCUUCACCUUUUUUACACUUUGAUGAAUGACGUGCCUACUUAGCUGACUCUAAAACAUGUCUACACUCUUCUGAGAGAAAAGGUGCUGUUCUGAGAACUCUGUUACUCUUGCCUUGGAACCUGAGGCUUUGAAGAUUGUUCUUGUCAGCUCACAACACGAGAGUCAGCGAUGUGCUUUAAAAUUGCUGCAAGAUAACACUCGACAGGACAGGGAAGAAAGCACACUCAGAGAGAAGAGCUAGCUCAGAUUUACACCAAACUGUAUUUUCAGAAUGAAAUUCUUACCUCUACCACCUUUUGGAAUAAAUUAUUUUUCUGCUUUCUAUGGAAA